GUCGUAAAGUGACUUUUUGAAGCAGGUUUUGCUGUGAGGCUAUAGACCUGUCAGAAGACAGAAUUAUGUCUGAUAUUUAUGUUGAGUUUCCUGUUUGUAAAGAUUCAGACAUUUUAUAAAAGCGACCGAAGCUCAGGUUAGAUCAGAAAUAUAAGCUAGAAGUCAGGAUGACUGAUGGUCACGUGACGUCUGAAGACCUCUGAGCUGCUGCCAAAUAUGGUCAUGGUUACUGCCCCCACUUCCUGGAACUGACAGGUUCAGACCCACCUGUUAGAGGGCGGGACGGACAGGAAGUGGACCGAACCGGGUCAGAACAUUGACACAGCUGGAUGCAGAUGGGGGACGUGGCGGAGGACAAGUCCAGCUUCUACUCCAACGCGGAGGACUACUGGAAGGAAGUCCCGCCCACCGUUGACGGGAUGCUCGGCGGCUACGGCAGCAUCUCCAGCAUCGACAUCAGCGGCUCCAAGGCCUUCCUCAGGAAGUUUCUCGGGGAUGGCGAAGGGAAGACGGGAACGGGCCGCCUGGACUGCGGCGCGGGGAUCGGCCGCAUCAGCAAGCGGCUGCUGCUGCCGCUGUUCCGGACCGUGGACCUGGUGGACGUGACCCAGGAGUUCCUGGACAAAGCCCGGACGUUCCUGGGCGACGACGCCAAGCGGGUCGGGAACUACUAUUGCUGCGGCCUGCAGGAGUUCGUCCCAGAACCGGACCGCUACGACGUCAUCUGGAUCCAGUGGGUCAUCGGUCACCUGACCGACGACCACCUGGUGGCGUUCCUGCGGCGCUGCCAGAAAGCCCUUCGUCCCGCCGGCCUCAUCAUCAUCAAAGACAACGUGUCCUACGAAGGCGUCGUCCCCGACGACGUGGACAGCAGCGUGUGCCGGGACCUGGACAUCGUGCGGCGCCUGGUGGGCCGGGCCGGGCUGCGGGUCGUCCACGAGGAGCAGCAGCUCAACUUCCCCAAAGAGAUCUACCAGGUGCACACGCUGGCCCUCAGGUAGGGGGCGGAGCCUGUCGCCACGGCGACGCCCUCACCUGGACAGGUUUUGAACUCCCAUUUCGGGCCUGAUGUGGACCUGACCAGAACCAGAACCAGAACCGUUCUGUUCUGUCAUUGAAACAUGAAGCCAGAUGCAAGACAAACACAUUUAUUGAUGGUCAAGCUGGAACCAUAGGCUCCGGGUCAGAACCGGGCUCCGGGUCAGAACCGGGCUCCGGGUCAGAACCGGGCUCCGGGUCAGAACCGGGCUCCGGGUCAGGAGGGUCUCGCUCUGCA